AUGGGUACCAACAAUAUCAUUCAGUUCAAUCUUGCGUCCCAGUUACCCCUCAAACUAAGCGGUGGUCUCAACUUUGCCACCCGGAAAGCCCAACUCUCCAUGCUUAUGUAUGGCGACAACCUCUUUGGACAUCUAUAUGGGACCACUCUGGCCCCCGGUCGCACGAUUACCCUAGGUAUGAACACAUCUCCUAAUCGUACCUUCUUAACUUGGUUUCGUCAGGACAAACUCAUCCACAAUGCCCUCAUGGCUUCUGUCAAACCCUCUAUUGCUCGUACUGUUGCUGCCACUGUCUCAACUAAAUUAGCUUGGGAUGCUUUACAUACCAUUUAUGAAGACAGAUCUCAAACUCAGCUAUUUAGCUUGCGUGAUCAACUUGCCCGUGUCUCUAUAGAAUCACGCUCAAUUACUGAUUAUCCUUACACUAUUCGGUCUCUUUCAGAUGAGUUAGCCACUGUUGGUGCUCCUGUGUCCAAUCUUGAACUUAUCUUCUAA